AUAAGAGGCGGGCAGCGCGAGGCUGUGGGCUGACCCAGCGCACUGCUAGCGGCGCCCAAAGUGAGUGCUGUGGCCCCUUCCCGCCUGGACGAGGGACCACCGUCGUGGAUUUGGGGGCACUGGGCUGGCUCGAGGAAGAGGCAGAGUCAUCCUCCGAGAGAGAAGUACACCAAAUUCAUCAUGAUUGAAGACAAUAAGGAAAACAAAGACCAUUCCUUAGAAAAGGGAAGAGCAACUCUUAUUUUUUCCUUAAAGAAUGAAGUUGGAGGACUUAUAAAAGCACUGAAAGUCUUCCAGGAGAAGCAUGUGAACCUAUUGCAUAUUGAGUCCCGAAAAUCCAAGAGAAGAAACUCAGAAUUUGAGAUUUUUGUUGAUUGUGAUAUCAGUAGGGAACAACUGAAUGAAAUUUUUCAUCUGUUGAAGUCUCAUACUAAUGUUCUCUCUGUGAACCUACCAGAUAAUUUUACUGUGAAGGAAGAUGGUAUGGAAACUGUUCCUUGGUUUCCAAAGAAGAUUUCUGACCUGGACCAUUGUGCUAACAGAGUUCUGAUGUAUGGGUCCGAACUGGAUGCUGACCAUCCUGGCUUCAAAGACAAUGUCUAUCGUAAAAGACGAAAGUAUUUCGCAGACUUGGCUAUGAACUAUAAACAUGGUGACCCCAUUCCUGAGGUUGAAUUCACCGAAGAGGAGGUUAAGACCUGGGGAACUGUGUUCCGAGAACUCAACAAACUUUACCCAACCCAUGCCUGCAGAGAGUAUCUCAAAAAUUUACCGUUGCUUUCUAAAUACUGUGGAUACAGGGAAGAUAAUAUCCCCCAAUUGGAGGAUGUCUCAAACUUUUUAAAAGAGCGCACAGGUUUUUCCAUCCGUCCUGUGGCUGGUUACUUAUCACCAAGAGAUUUCUUAUCAGGUUUAGCUUUUCGAGUUUUUCACUGCACGCAAUAUGUGAGACACAGUUCAGAUCCCCUCUAUACUCCAGAGCCAGAUACCUGCCAUGAACUCUUAGGUCAUGUCCCCCUUUUGGCUGAACCUAGUUUUGCUCAGUUCUCCCAAGAAAUUGGCCUGGCCUCUCUUGGAGCUUCAGAAGAGGCUGUUCAAAAACUGGCAACGUGUUACUUCUUCACUGUGGAGUUUGGUCUAUGUAAGCAAGAUGGGCAGCUAAGAGUCUUUGGUGCCGGCUUACUUUCUUCCAUCAGUGAACUUAAACAUGCACUUUCUGGACAUGCCAAAGUAAAGCCCUUUGAUCCCAAGAUUACCUGCAAACAGGAGUGUCUCAUCACAACUUUUCAGGAUGUCUACUUUGUAUCUGAAAGCUUUGAAGAUGCAAAGCAGAAGAUGAGAGAAUUUACCAAAACAAUCAGGCGUCCAUUUGGAGUGAGGUAUAAUCCGUAUACACGGAGUAUUCAGAUCCUGAAAGACACCAAGAGCAUCACCAGUGCCAUGAGUGAGCUGCAGCAUGAACUUGAUGUUGUCAAUGAUGCCCUUGCUAAGGUCAGCAGGCAGCUGAGCAUCUGACAGU